AAAUACGGUCACAGAACUCACCUGUGUUUAGCUGCUGCAGCAACAGAGUCACUUUCACCUCCGAGAAGCAGCAAGUCGGCCGAGCUGAGCAAAGAAAGACCCACUGACGCUCUGAAGCACAUAAACCACAAUGGCCUCCACCCUGUCAGUGCGCAGCCUCUCAGUGCAUCAGCCCUCCUUCUCCAGCGUCACGGUGAGAGACAGCGGCCGCAGCCUGCGCUCCAAACCCCCCGUCUCCUCUCUGUCCACCGCCAGCACGCUGUCCCUGUUCCGCUCGGUGUCCAUGGGAAACGGCCUCAACAUGCUGGGCUCCAGCCUGUCCCUGAACGGCAUUGGGGCCAGCGAUAAGGAGACCAUGCAGGGCCUGAAUGACAGGCUGGCCAACUACCUGGACAAGGUACGGUCACUGGAGCGGUCCAACGCCGAGCUGGAGGUGAAGAUCAAGCACCUCAUGUUGGAGAGAACGCCAAAAGGCCACGACAUUGAGGGCAUGAUGGCUCAGGCACAUGCCAUCGGGCAGGAGAUGAGAAAAAGGACGCUGGAGAACGCCCGCAUCAUGCUGGAGAUUGACAACGCCAAGCUGGCAGCUGAUGAUUUCAGGGUGAAAUGGGAAGCAGAGGCCUCCCUGUGCCAGUCGGUGGAGAGGGACUGUCAGACUCUAAGGAGAGCAAAGUCAGACCAUGACCAGAUCAUCGCCACUCUGAGAGGAGACCUGGACAGCCUGAAGGAGGAGACGUACUACCUCAAGAAGAAUCACGACGAGGAGAUGAGCACCCUGAAGGCCCGCCUGGCCACGGAGCAGGUGAGCGUGGAGGUGGAGGCAGCUCAGGGGCCCGACCUUGGGGCCAUCAUGGCUGAGCUGAGGGUCCAGUACGAGGGCAUCUCGCGCAAGAACAAGGAGGACGCUGAAGCCUGGUACCUCAAGAAGUUGGAGGCCAUUCAGUGUGAGGUGAAAGAAAGCAAUGAGGCGCUCCGCUGUGCCCAGGGAGAGCUCAGCGAGAGGAGGCGCUUCCUGCAAGCUCUGGAGGUGGAGCUGGACAAUCUACGCAAACAGGUCAGCGUGUUGGAGGGAAACCUGGGAGAGACCGGACACAAAUACACGGUGGAGAUGGACCGCCUGCAGGCUACCCUGACGCAGCUGGAGGACGAGCUGUCCCAUCUGCGUUUGGACAUGCAGCGCAACAAAACCGACUACGAGCAGCUUCUGCGCAUCAAGCAAAACCUGGAGAUGGAGAUCGCCACCUACAGGCGGCUGCUGGAAGGAGAGGAAACGGUGAAAGAAACGCCUCCACCUCCUAAAAAAGACCCCGAGGUCCGGACCAGGAAGAUUGUAAAAGUCGUCACGCAGACAAUGAUCAACGGAAAAGUGGUCGACGAGUCCAGUGAGGUGGAGCAGAUUGAGGACAGCAAGAAAUGAGCCAAAAAAAAAAACAAACUCUAUUGGGUUUUAUACUAAAUAAACUGACCUGCUUCUCUGAAAACUCUGGAAAUGAGGAUUAAAGUUUAGGUGGAAAG